AUGGAUAGGAAGCAAUACUUAUCUAACAAUUAUAGUGAUUGUUGUGCUCCAAGUAGUUGCAAAGUUACUUUGAAAAAUAAAGCCCUUUGGCAGAAAUUUCAUGAAUUAGAGACUGAAAUGAUCAUUACUAAGUCCGGACGGAGGAUGUUCCCGUCCCUCCACGUGCAGGUCUCCAACUUAGACCCCCACGCCCACUACUGCAUCCUCCUAGAACUGACCGCCGCCUCCCACUGCCGUUAUAAGUACUCAAACUCCGGAGGUUGGGCGCCAACGGGUGCCGAAGAAGCCCAAAGCCCCCAACGAAUCUACCUACACCCUGAAUCUCCCGCUACCGGGGAGUACUGGAUGUCUCAACCCAUCUCCUUCGGUAGGCUGAAGCUUACCAACACACCAGCACCACCUGCGGGUCACCUGGUGUUAUCCUCCAUGCACAAAUACCAGCCUAGAAUAAUCAUCGCCAAGACUUCAGAUCCUAGAGCGGUCGCUUGGGCGCCCUCAGUAUCGGUAGCUUUUCCAGAAACCCAGUUCAUCGCCGUGACUGCUUACCAGAACGAGAGGAUCACCAAGCUGAAGAUCGACAACAACCCCUUCGCCAAAGGGUUCAGGGAGAACGGGCAAUCCAAGUGUAAGAGGAAGAGAGUUUUGGAGGAAAAAAGUGAGGAAUCGACGAAGAAAGAAGCUAGGGUGGAAUUACCACCUUCACCAAAGUCUGAAGACGAUAGAAUUUCUGUUUGUUCUCAAAGCUCAGCACCAUCUUCUCCAGAAGUUUGGUCCCAACGUAGCGAUAUUUCUCCCAAGUCCCCACAGAACUAUCCAAUUCCUUACAGUUAUAAACCAGUUCUACCAACGUCUGUCCUGUAUCCUUACUAUUAUCCUCACUAUCCUGUUUAUCCAGGAGUUUGGGGUGCUACCUCACAUUUCUACUAUCAGGCGACCAUGUUUUCCCCUCAUGAAGUCGUACAACCCGUGGAGAAGAAGCCGAGGAAGCUGACGGAUUUCUCAAUAAAAGCCAUUACAGGUUGUUCAUAA